UUAAUAACUGUCUCUGAGAUCAUGUUACCCAGUACAGACCACAGACAGACGCUUCAAUCACCUGUUAUGCUCUUAGUCAGCCAAACAUUUAACUUUUUUAUUUAAACACAGACAGGCCGACUGAUUUCUGAGGUUUGUGCUAAAAUCUGAGGAGCCAGAAUGUCAAAUGUCACCUAUCACAUUUCCAACCUGUUGGAAAAAAUGACUUCGACUGACAAAGACUUUCGGUUUAUGGCCACCAACGAUCUAAUGAUGGAACUACAGAAGGAUUCGAUAAAACUGGAUGAAGACAGUGAAAGAAAAGUGGUCAGCAUGCUUCUGAAACUUCUAGAGGACAAAAACGGAGAAGUUCAGAACCUAGCUGUGAAAUGUCUGGGUCCACUUGUAAGCAAGGUGAAGGAAUACCAGGUGGAGACGAUGGUGGACACGCUGUGCUCAAACAUGGUGUCGGACAAAGAGCAGCUACGUGACAUCUCCAGCAUGGGGCUGAAGACUGUAAUCGCAGAGCUUCCACCACCAUCUGCAGGUUCAGGUCUGACCGCUAACGUCUGUAGAAAGAUCGCGGCUCAGUUGAUCAGCGCCAUGGCUAAACAGGAUGACGUGUCAGUGCAACUGGAAGCUCUGGAUAUUCUUUCCGAUAUGCUGGGAAGGCUGAGCAGCACACUGGUCAGCUUUCACCAGUCCAUUCUGACCAGUCUUCUACCCCAACUGACCAGUCCUCGUAUGGCGGUUAGAAAACGUGCCAUCAUGGCGCUCGGUCACCUGGUGCCCAGCUGCAGUCCUGCCAUCUUCACCCAGCUCUCUCAGCACGUCAUCGGGGAACUGACCCGAGGAUCACCCGCUGCUAACACACGUACCUACAUCCAGUGCCUGACCACCAUCAGCCGGCACGGUGGGCACCGAGUCGGUGAGCACCUGGAGAAGAUCAUCCCAACGCUGGUAAAGUUCUGUAACGUGGACGAUGAUGAGUUAAGAGAGAACUGCUUUCAGGCGUUUGAAGCUUUCGUUCGUAGGUGUCCUAAGGAAAUAUCGCCUCACAUCCCUACAGUGAUUAAAAUGUGCCUGAAGUACAUCACCUACGACCCGAACUACAACUACCAAGCAGAAGACGACCAGGAGGACGCCAUGGACAUUGAAAAUGGAGAGGAUCAGGACCAGGAGUCGGAUGACGAAUACAGCGACGAUGACGACAUGAGCUGGAAGGUAAGGCGCUCGUCUGUGAAGUGUCUAGAGGCGGUGAUCAGUACCCGGAGAGACCUGCUGGUGGAGCUCUAUGGGUCCGUGUGCCCAUCUUUAGUGGGACGCUUCAAAGAACGCGAGGAGAACGUCAGAUCAGACAUUUUCUUGGCUUUUGUGGCAUUACUGCGGCAAACUAAACCGCCUCAUGGGGCCGCAUUAGAUACUGGAGCUAAAGAGGACCCUGCAGUUACCCUCCUGAAGAAACAGGUCCCCACAGUAAUCAAGGCCUUGCACAAACAGCUGAAAGAGAAAAGCAUGAAGUCCAGACAAGGCUGUUUCAAUAUACUGACGGAAAUGGCUAUUGUGCUUCCUGGGGCAUUGGGGGAGCACAUUCCUGCCCUCAUUCCUGGCAUUGUCUACUCCCUGACUGACAAGUCUACCUCUUCAAACAUGAAGAUCGAUGCUCUCUCCUUUCUCCAUGUCCUCUUGACAAGCCACACCCCAGAGAUCUUUCACCCCCACAUUAAGGUCAUCCUGCCACCGGUGAUUCACUGUGUUGAAGAUCCUUUCUACAAAAUCACAUCUGAGGCCCUUCAGGUGACCCAGCAAAUGGUCAAGAUGAUGCGGCCCUUAGAUAGACCCUCGACCUUUGAUGCAAAGCCUUAUGUAAAAGAUGUCUAUGCUUGCACCUUGAAGAGGUUAAAGGCAGCAGACAUCGACCAGGAGGUAAAGGAGCGGGCCAUUUCCUGCAUGGCGCACAUUGUCAGUCACUUGGGUGACCAGUUGGGUGGAGACCUUCAGUCCACCUUGCAAAUCUUCCUGGAAAGGCUGAAGAAUGAAAUUACCAGGCUCACAGCCGUGAAGGCUUUGUCCAUAGUGGCAACAUCUUCACUUAAAAUAGACCUUAAAUCAAUCUUGACUGAAGGGAUCCCGAUUCUUGCAUCGUUCUUACGAAAGAACCAGCGAGCCCUCAGGCUGAACACGCUAACAGCCCUGAACAUAAUCGUCACAAACUACAGCGACAGUUUCAAGCCUGCCAUGAUCGAGUCUGUGUUGAAUGAGGUUCCUGCUUUAAUUCAGGAAAGUGAUAUGCAUGUAUCUCAGGUGGCCAUCAUGCUUCUGACAUGUAUGAGCAAGGUUUGCCCAAACUCUUUAUCAAAGAUUGGAGGCACGGUCUUGCCUGAAGUGCUCCAUCUGGUCCAUUCUCCAUUAUUGCAAGGAGGGGCCCUCAGCUCCAUUGUUGAGUUCCUUCAAGCCAUCGUUUUGACCAGGAGCAGCAAUACUGGGUACAGUGACCUUAUGAAGUCUUUGACUAGUCCUUUCUAUAAGGCUAAAUCAGCCGAGUCUAUGCCAUUGCACAAACAAUCCUAUUACUCAGUGGCAAAAUGUGUAGCGGCACUAUCCUCUGUUUGUCCCAAGGAAGCUUCUGGAACCAUCACUAACCUCAUCCAGGAGGUGAAAAAUCAGAAGACUUCAGAAUCCAUAAGGAUCCUGUCAUUCCUUUGCCUGGGAGAAUUGGGGCGUUCAAUGAACCUGGGAGCUCACAAGGAACUGAAGACAGUCAUCAUGAACGCCUUUAGUUCCCCUAAUGAAGAGGUGAAGUCUGCAGCAUCUAGUGCCCUGGGCAACAUCUGCGUAGGAAAUCUUGAAGACUACUUACCAUUUCUGUUGAAGGAGAUUGGUGGUCAGCCUAAGAGACAGUACCUGCUUCUUCAUUCCCUUAAAGAAGUGAUCAGUACUUUGCCAGCUACGAGUCUCAAGCCUCAUGUGGAAAACAUUUGGACUCUGCUGUUUAAGAACUGCGAGUGCCCAGAAGAGGGUACCCGUAAUGUCGUGGCAGAGUGUCUGGGCAAACUGACACUGGUCAACCCAACGGAUUUUCUGGCCAGGCUUAAGAAGCAGUUAUCCACAGGGUCCCCUCUUGCCCGCAGUACUGUAGUGACAGCCAUAAAAUUCACCAUUGUAGACCACCCCACGUCCAUCGAUUCACUUCUUAAAGAAUGCAUAGGUGACUUCCUGAAGACCAUUCAGGAUGCAGACCUCAACGUGCGGCGUGUUGCCUUGGUGAUGUUCAAUUCGGCCGCCCACAACAAGCCUGGUCUGAUCCGCGGUCUCCUGACCACCGUCCUUCCAAACCUGUACAAGGAAACCCAGAUCAGGAAAGAGCUCAUUCGAGAGGUAGAGAUGGGUCCCUUUAAGCACACAGUGGAUGAUGGGCUAGAUGUGCGUAAAGCAGCUUUUGAAUGCAUGUACACACUGCUGGAUAACUGUCUGGAAUGCCUGGAUAUCUUUGAGUUCCUCAACCACGUGGAAGAAGGUUUAAAAGACCAUUAUGACAUCAGGAUGUUAACUUUUAUCAUGCUAGCAAGACUAGCCACUUUGUGUCCAGCUGCCGUGGUCCAGAGGUUAGAUCGACUAGUGGAGCCCCUCAGAGCCACGUGUACUACAAAGGUAAAGGCCGGCUCGGUGAAACAAGAGUUUGAGAAGCAGGAGGAGCUGAGGCGUUCGGCUAUGCGUGCAGUCGCUGCUCUAUUAUCCAUCAGCGAUGUGGAGAAAAGCCCCGUGAUGGCCGACUUCGCCACCCAAAUUAGAACCAACGCAGAGAUGGCCGUGAUCUUUGAAAGCGUUCAGGGAGAACCCAUGUCGGGAGCUGUGGAGGCUAUGGACACUAGUUAAGACUUUCACCUCAGUGUGCUCUACAAUGCGUGUGAUUUAGAAUUACAGUGGACUUGUGAAUAAGGAUGUACUGAUGUAGUUCUGAUUAUUUUAAUAUUAAACAAGAGUGAAUUUGCACUAUCAAUUAACAAAA